ACAGUGAGACCUUAAAGAAUUUUAAGGGCACGUAAUGCCACCCUCUGAUAUACAUAAUAAAUAUCGAGAAGUUAAAGAAAACUUUGAAAGUUAUUUUAAUACAUUCGUCAGCCUGUUACGUCAUGACCAUCCAAAAAGUCUUCAAUUGGCGGAACAACAUUUCCAAAAUGUGACGUCGUAUAAUUUAUCUAGUGGCAAAAGAAUUCGAGGAGUGUUAGUUGUCCUUUCGUAUAUGGUGUUCAGCAAUAAAAAUGAAAACUCAAAGAAGAACUUGUCGUGUGCAUAUGUUAUUGGUUGGUUUGUCGAAUUGUUACACGCAGGAUUCCUUGUUUUAGAUGAUAUAAUUGACAACUCUACACUUAGACGAGGCCAACCGUGUUGGCAUUGUACUCAGAUAGAUUCAAACCGUGGGUUAAUUGGAAUUAAUGAUGGUUUACAUCUGAUUUUAUCAUCGAAAUACUUGAUCCACUCUUUAUUUGCUGAAAAUCGAAGUGAUGUUGAAUCAUAUUCAUGGAAAGACAAAAAUAACGUAUAUCUCAAAUUAUGCAAAUUGUUUGAUGAAAUUAGUUACAAAACGUGUUCUGGUCAGUGUUUGGAUAUACUAUCAUCAAAUCCUAAUAAUCAAUGUAUUUUGAACGGAAAACAGAAUAAUUUGGAGUUUGAUAGUUUUACUCGAAACUACUCACCAGAUGUCUUUGAAGCUAUAACACACUGGAAGACGGGUUUUUAUACUUUUUAUCUACCUGUAGCGUGUGGAAUGAUUUUGGCUGAAGUUGAUGAUACAGAUGAUAUUUUCAAAAAUGUUCAAUACAUCCUCCUUAAAUUGGGUAACUACUUUCAAGCCCAGGAUGACUAUUUAGAUUGUUUUGGUGACAGUGAAAUUACUGGAAAAGUUGGAACUGAUAUAGCAGAAGGCAAAUGUACAUGGCUAAUUGUUGAAGCGUUAAAAUACCUUUCACCUGAACAAUAUGAAAUACUUAAAACAAAUUAUGGCAAACCCGAUCUUAAAUCGCAACAGACUGUUCGCAAUCUCUAUGGUGCGAUCAAAUUACCAGAGAAGUAUCAUUUGUACGAAAAACAAACUAAAUCAGAGAUUAUGAAUAACAUUCAGAAGUUUAUGUACCUUGAUCACUUUUCUUUUGAUCCUAGGGAUUUAUUUACUUUUCUUGUAGAAUUACUUUUUCAACGUGCUUCCUAAAGUGCUAUGAAAAUAUUUCAUUUUAUUUCCCAUACUGUUCCGUCACUUUUUUUACUUACGUCUUUUCUAUUUCUUCUUAGUUCUACAAUUCAGUUUUUACUUGUAUCGUUAUGACGAUGUAAGAAUAACACUUUCACUAAUGUUAUUUAAAGAAUUCCCCUUUCAUAAAUAUGGGGCAUUCAAGUCUUCGUCAAUGUAAUUUUGUCUAAAAUAUUGGUUUGCUUUCUUAAAAUACUGACCUUAACAGCUUAUUAUUACUGUCUCCAUAUCGUUGACUUAGUGAUACCAAUUUCUGUCAACUGGGGAACAUGAUUUUAGUUUUAUGGUAAUUCUAAUGAAGUACACAGCCUUCUACUAGGUUUUAUCUGAGAUGGAUAUUAUGCUAACAAAGACGAUAUUUAUUGUUUACGAAUAAUUAUUUUUAGUAAAAA